UUCACUGUUUUGUGGGUCAGUCAGAAGCACUAGUAGUCUGAACCUGUUUGCUAAUCUGGUUUGUUGGGAGUCCUCAUGGAGAUUGUUUGGUUUAACUUCCUUUUAGAGGUUGUGUUUGCUGGGCUCUACAUUCAAGCAGCUCUUGCCUUUACAUCUUCGCAGUAUAUGCAGUAUGUUCCACUUCUGAGACCUCGGCCUCAGCAGAGCCUCCUGCCCCCUGUGGUUCAGCAGGAGCAGCAUGAGCCAGAGCUGGUCAACACAGUUGCUGUGAUCUGCCACUCUGACUCUCUGGAGGUGGUGAUUGCUGCUGAUAUGUUUGCAGUUGGAGCUCCAGUGGACAGUCAGGAGCUGCGUCUUGGAGUGCAGGACAAUGAGUUCUGCAGGGCUAUGGCUACUUCUGCAGAGGAAUACAGGAUUGUUGCUGGGCUGGAUGACUGUGGCACUAAACAUUGGAUGACUAAGGACUCCCUGGUUUACACAAACCUCCUCAUGUACCAUCCGUUAGCCUCUCCUAGUGGGAUAGUUUAUAUGGAUGAGGCAGUCAUCCCAGUUGAAUGCCAUUAUGAAAGGAAGUAUGGUGUAUCCAGCUCUUCAAUCAUGCCAACUUGGAUUCCCUUCACAUCUACCCAAGCUGGGGUGGAAACUCUGCAGUUCAACUUGAAGCUAAUGACCAAUGACUGGAUGAAUGAAAAGGGUGCCAAUGUGUUUUACCUCGGUGAACCCAUCAACCUUAAGGCCUCUGUGAGGGUAGGGCAUCACAUGGGUCUCAGGGUGUUUCUGAGCAGCUGUGUGGCCACACUUCAACCAGCUAUAACCUCUGAUCCCAAAUAUGUCUUCAUUGAAAAUGGAUGCUUGGUGGACUCCCAGCUUCCAGACUCAAAAGCACAAUUCUUACCCAGAACCCGGGAUGAAGAGCUGCGGUUAACGAUUGAUGCCUUCAAGUUCCACAGUGAUGAUCGAGGACAGCUCUACAUCACAUGUCACCUAACUGCUGUGCCAGUAAAUGAUGCAGAAGCACCAAACAAAGCCUGUACCUUUAUGGGUGGAAGAUGGUGGUCCGCUGAUGGCAAUGACUACUUGUGUGGUUAUUGUAAAACCAAAGAUCAAAUGUAUGUCAAGGCUGGCAUUCCUGGGGUGCUCAGUCCUCGUGGAUUUGGAAUGUUGGCUGCUGAAUCCAUGUGGAGGACUGGACUGAAGACUAAUAAAGCUGCAUGGGACCAUGAGGCUAGAGUGGGUCCCCUGACAAUUUUGCCAUCAAGUAAAAGUGGAGUUGCUCCUUUUGAUGAGCUCCCUAGUGUUCUCCAAAAACUUCACAGACCUGCUCUAUACGGCAGUCACUGGAGAAGUGGAUCAAAAAAAGCUGAUCUGGAGAAAGGACUGCUUCCUGAGCUCUCUACCUCUGAACUAGAUGCUGAAAAUGAAACAGAACUGAAUGAUGACUUGGAGGAAGCUGAACAUAAUUAUGACACAGCCAGUAAAUUCAGUCUGAAAUCCUUAGACAUACCAAUGGACAAGAAUGCCACUGACUCCAGUUAUGUCAGCAGCACCCCUCUUCAGUUGGAGCCUGCAGUGAAGAAUGCAACUGCUACCAACACUAGCCGUUCUGAUCUAACUGAACCAAAGAAAUAAACACUAAUAAAGUCAACGUUUCUGUCAA